AUGGAUUAUUCUUUAUUUCCUACAGUACCUGUAUUUUUGGAACGAUCAAGUCUAGACCAAAGUUGGGGUUUUCGUCUUCAAGGAGGAGUGGACUAUAGAUUACCACUAUCAAUUAAAAAAGUAACAGCUAAUUCACCAUCACACAAUAAACUUCAUCCAGGUGAUGGUAUUGCUUCUAUUGAAGGACAAGAUGCAAGUACAAUGAAACAUGAAGAUGCUGAAAAUUUAAUUCGUAAUUCAUUACGAUUACAACUUAUUCUUCGACGAGGUCAAUUCACGCCAAUUCGACCAUCAAGACCACCAGUUAAAUUUGGUCCUGGUCCACAAGCACAUGUUAAUUCAGCAUUAUAUAAUACAACAACACCAAAUAACUAUCGUCGUUUUUAA